AGCAUGUGGGGGGCUACCUCCCACCCCAGGGAAAGGCAGAGCCAUGUCGGGCUGACUCCAAAGCCCACAUUCCGGUGUCCUCAGUUCAGACUCCAGCCUGUGCCUGCUCCGGGCCCCCCUCCAGAGACACCCCCAGCACUUCCACAGCACAGCCUCCAGCCAGCAGCUGGCAGCUGCUAGGACCCAGGGGGCUGGUGCCAGGCCCUGCUCCUCCCUUGCCAGCUCUGUGUGUCUCUAAAGGGCAACAUCAGAGUGUCAGCCAGUACCAUCUCCAGCAGAGGCUGAGUUGCCGGGGCAGAGGAGAGAGCCGAAGUCCCAGCCUUGCACCUACCUCUCCAUGGGGCCGGCUGCUCAGCCCCUGUGAGAGGAUGGCAGCGCCGCCGGGGCAGCCUCUGCGGGGAAGGGCCAUAGGAGCAAGGGACAGGUGAUGGGAAGGGGGGAGGGGAGAUGCCCCGUUUCGCUCUCCGCAGCCCCGCACAGGGUGAAGCCUGAGUGCUCGAAUGGCCAACGCCACAGGGCUGAACACCUCCGAAGUCGCGGGCUCAGUGGGGUUGAUCCUGGCGGCCGUCGUGGAGGCCGCAGCCCUGCUGGGCAACGGCGCGCUGCUGGUCGUGGUGCUGCGCACGCCGGGACUGCGCGACGCGCUCUACCUGGGGCACCUGUGCGUCGUGGACCUGCUGGCGGCCGCCUCCAUCAUGCCGCUGGGCCUACUGGCCGCGCCGCCGCCGGGCCUGGGCCGCAUGCGCCUGGGCCCCGCACCCCGCCUCUCCAUCUUGCCGCCCCUCCGGCCUCGCCUGCCCGGGGGCAAAGCGGCCCUGGCCCCAGCGCUGGCCGUGGGCCAGUUCGCAGCCUGCUGGCUGCCCUACGGCUGUGCGUGCCUGGCGCCCGCCGCGCAGGCUGCAGUGGCCGAGGCGCCGGUCACCUGGGUGGCCUACUCGGCCUUCGCGGCUCACCCCUUUCUGUAUGGCCUGCUGCAGCGCCCCGUACGCCGGGCACUGGGUCGCCUCGCCCGCCAGGUGCUGCCCCGGCCCCAGAGGGUCUGCGCUCCGCGGGCCUGGCACCUGCCGGCACUUCUGCAGCACCUCCAGGGACGUUCAGAGAGCCCUGCCCUAGGCCCUUCUGAGGCACCAGAACAAGCCCCAGAUUUGCCAAGAAGGGAGAGCUUCAGUAUGCCAGGGGCCACCUGAGAGGAGAUCUGUCUCCCAAGCUGAGAUGAGACUGGAGGAAGGAUGGUGGUAUCAGGAGCCCAUCCAGCCUCCUACACAGUUCCGGGCAGGUGCCCUGCCUGCAUCUCUGGCUCUGGAACAGGAGAAAGGGGGCCUGCAGCCUAAUAGGCUUCUGGGAGCUAGGAAUCCUGGGUUCUGGGCCCUACCCUGCAGUCUUGUAUACAGACCUACCCUUCCCUAGGCCCGUUUUCCCAUCUGUAUCCUGGACCAUCUCAGCUUAGGUGGUUUGGACAUUCAUGGAUAGUCUCCAGGCCAAAGAAGGAGAGGAGGUGGGCCGGAUCACCAAGAAGAGGGCCCUAAGGGCUUACAGCCAAAGGGAUGGACCAAGCCAGGCAAGGUCUAGGUAACAGCCACAGCAGGAGGAACCAGUGGAGAGACACUCAGAAGGACUUCCCUGACAUCUGCACGGAGAAGAGGUGGGACAAAGCUACAGGAACUCCUCUGCCAGCUUCUAAAAUGCCCAGAAAGCAACUGGAUCAGUGCGGUGCCAGAGGCAGGAGGUUGGACAAUAUGACCCCCAAAGGACCCCAAAGCCCCAGAACU